UAUCGGUAUGCUUAUGUGGGAGAUUUCAUCUGGACAACCACCUUUUGCUGAUUUUGACCAUGAUUAUGAUCUUGCUAUGAAUAUAGUAAAAGGAAUGAGACCACAGAUCGUACAAGGAACUCCAACUGAAUAUAAAAAUUUAAUGGUUCAGUGUUGGAAUGCUGAUCCAUUAAAGAGAUACGAUAUUGAUACCCUCGAUGAUAAAAUUACAGAAAUACAAAAAUCGUAUUAUCAAAAUGAAGAAUUCAUUAGUUUUAACUGGAAACAAUCAAAAAUUGCAGAGAUUAAUUUAGUGGAAUUUACACCACGUAGUGAAAAAGAUAAAUUAAGCUAG